GUCGUACAGUUGGCAAAUAAUAAAGAAGUCAUUGUUGUUUUUUGAGCUACAUUUCUUGACAAAUUACACGCGAAAAUGUAUAUUAUAGGAAGAAUCUACAUAAAACGACGAAUAUCCUUUUAAAGAAUAUUAUAGUUGUAUUGUUUAGCUUAGUAAAUACUAACAAUGGCAUCAACAAUUAACCGUACAAUGAGGAAGUGGCGACCUGUCAUUUCGAUAUUCAUUGGUGCUAGUGUUGGGGUGGCACUCAGUUUCCUCUGCUCUCCUUUGAUGAAUUCAAGUUGUGGUGUAGAGAGGUUGACCCACAAAGGCCUAGGAUCAAGUAGGAAGACAUACUCUCUGUACGGUUUCGAUGGAAAUGGAAACCCGAUGGAUGAUGAAGAAUUUCAGCCAGUUUUGAUGACGGCUCACAAUCCACCCGAAAAGAAAACAGUUGAACGUAGCAACCUUCUUCGAUUCAGAUACGUUGCCCCGGAGCUUCAGAUAAAAGAUAAAAUAUUUAUUGCUGUUGCUGUAUGUCACAGCAUGGAUCUUGACUCAAUGGCUGUUGCGAUCAAUAAAACUCUAGGACACUUGGUGCCUAAAAUAAUAUUCUUUACAAAAACUCAGGUGGAUUCGCCUCCAACUGGAAUGCACAUUGUGCCUUUUUCAGUAGACCAACCAAUCAUGCAUACGUUCGAAAUAUGGAACUAUAUAUUUGAGCAUUAUUCAAACGAUUUUGAUUGGUUCAUGAUGAUACAAGAUGAUGUUUAUCUGAAUGGGGAUAAAUUAAUGAACUUUAUUAAUCACAUCAGUAUUGGACAUGAUAUGUACAUGGGACUACCGACAAGGGAAGUUGAUAUGGGCUUCACAUAUUGCAGAAAAGAAGCAGGUUAUAUUAUUUCUCGUAAUUUGUUGAAGAAAUUUGGAGCGCAUAUUGAGGAUUGUAUGAAGACAUCUUUUAGUAGUCUACCUGACAUGGAAGUUGGUCGCUGUGUUCACCAGCAUGCCAACUUACAGUGUACAAGUAUCUAUGAGGGCUCAGUUUACAACAGUUACAACUAUGAAGGUAAAUCACUUGGAGAGCUAGAAAUGAAUGAUGUUCACAUGCGACAGGCUGUAACAGUUUAUCAUGUCAACGAGAGGAGAUCUAUCUACCAACUUCACAAGUUCUUUUCAGAGUUGGCCAUCAAUGAGACAGAAGUUGAGAUUGAAAAAAUCCGGCGGGAGAUUGAGAAAAUUGUUCCCGACACACCAGCUGGAGAAAAUGGUUGGACCUGGCCGACAGGGUUCAACAGCCCUUUUAACCCAACUACAAGGUUUGAUGUGAUUGGCUGGCAGUAUUUCACAACAACACACAUUUAUGGCAUGUCAGAGAUAAACCCCAAAACACAGCUUGUUGGUCCCGACAAGCAAGAUAUCGACGAGAUCUUAAGCACGGCUAUGAGCAAACUGAAUUCUGAUUACUGCGAUACGUUUACAUCGGGAGGAAGAUUAGUGAAUGGUUAUCGAAGGUUUGAUCCUACAAGAGGAAUGGAGUACACAUUAGAUUUACAGUUACAGACUGUUGAUAGACAAACUGUUCAGAAACGAGUUCACCUCCUGCGUCCUCUUGGACAAGCUGAGAUCAUCAAUAUGCCGUACGUGACUGAGUACAACCAAGUGACAAUUAUUAUACCAGUCUCAAAUAACGAUAGAGAUCAGCUCAAAGUUUUUCUCGAAUCCUAUGCAUCUGUGUGCUUAGAAACCCACGAUAAUUCUGCCUUGAUGCUCAUUUUCAUCUACACUCCCGCCGAAGCUCGCAUCAUGGCACAAAAUGAUAUAUACAUUGACAUAAAGCAGUUGGUAUCUCAUUACGUGAAAAAGUAUCAAGGAUCACGUAUAUCGUGGAUUAGCGUCAAAACCACCAUCCCAUCCCCCAUUGCUAUAAUGGAUGUUAUAUCCGGCAAGCAUCCACCAGACACUUUAUUUUUCCUAAGCACCGUUAAUGCUGAAUUGUCACAAGAGUACCUUAAUCGUGUUCGCAUGAAUUCUAUCCUCGGUUAUCAGGUGUUCUUUCCAAUUCCAUUCUCACAAUACGAUACCAACAUUAUCUAUAAAGAUAUGCCAAAUCCAAACAAAAUUGAGAUCUCAAAGAAUGUUGGACGCUUUGAGAGUCUUCUCUACGAGCAUGCAAGUUUUUACAACUCCGACUUCAUAAACGCACGUCAAAUUUGGGACGAGAAGCAUCCAGGCAGUAGCACCGAUCACAUCCAAUCCGACACAGAUCUCUUUGAAAUGUUCCUUGCUACGAAGUUGCAUGUUUUUCGUGCUGUAGACCCAUCUCUUAAAGAGCGAUACCAUGAACGUAUGUGUCAGCCAACUCUCAGUGAAGACCACUACCAGAGGUGCUUAGAGAGUCGCGCGGAUGGCUUGGCAUCCAGGCAACAACUUGCCAUGUUGGUUUUUGCACAAGAGAAACAAAAUUUACAAUAGGUUUUAUAUAAAGUUCCAAAAAACAAUUUAAAAAAAAGAAUACCAAAAAAGGUCACAAAAUAUUUAGUGUGAAGCAAGGUACUAAUACAGGUAUAAUGUUUGAAAAGAUGAUUACUUCAAAAUUUAUUAAAAUAAUUAAAAAUUAAUAUCUUUAAAAAAUCUGAAUACAUAUCCUCAGUCUCUGUUCAUUGAUUGCAAUGUUUUGUUAAACAUUUAAUAUAUUUUUGAUAAAUAAUGUUUAUAGAUUUGUCAAGGUGCUACUCCUAUAUUUAUAAUGCUACUUAUAUAUAAUGAGUCUACUCUAAUGCAUGAAUUAUAAUAUUUCAUCAUGCAUUAUUAUUAUUUUAUGAAUAGCAUACAAUAUUGAUUAUCAUUUGAACCAACUUAAUAUUAUGCACAAAUACAACUGUGUACACUAAUAUUUGAUAUGAAUUUAGACUGUAAAUCUUAUUUGGUGACUAUUUUGUAUGACAUUUGAUUGAUUUAAUACAGAAUUAAGAAUUUCACAUUUGAAUGGCUUUUACCUAUUUAUAUAAAUAUCAAUAAAUUAUUGUAUAUUUACCACUAAAUAUUUCACUUUGUUAGAAUUUAAAUGCACUUAAUAGAUAGGUCUAUAUUUAUUAUUUAUUUUUGUGUAGUUUUAUUUUAAAAAAAAAAAGCUUAUGCAGGAACACGACUGGCAUCAUUAGUCAAAGCUAAUUUAUUUGCUUGUUAAAGUUAAUAAAAAGCUGUUGGAAAUUAUAAUUUGGUAAAUGUAAUGUGCCAAUAAAGUAAUUAAUAUUUAAUAGGCUGAUCUUACCAAUAAUGCGCUUUUCACACUAUUCAGAUUUGUUUUUAAAAAAAAUCCUAAAAAAGACUUGCACUUUAUGCAGUAACAUAAUUUGCAUUGUUUUUCAAAGCUAAUUUAUUUGCUUGUUAAAGUUAAUAAAACGCUGUUGAAAAUGAUAAUUUGUUAAUAUAACAUAUGGUGAUAAAGUAAUUAAUAUUUAAUAGGCUAACCUUAUCAAUUAAAUGCUUUGUCCAAACUAUUCAGUUCUCUUGUGACAAAUAUAUUUGUCCACAUAGUAGAUAUGACACUAUCAUGCACAUAGGCUAAAUAUUGUAUUGUAUGCAGAUUACUUUACUAGCAUUUGUCACAGAAAAUUAUUGUAUGGACAGAAUAUUAAUAGAAACAUGUUUUUAUUUACUAGGUCAGACAGAUUAUAUUUCUUAUGCUUAAUCCACACUAUAAAGUUUUAUGUGACAAAUACCAGUGACUUUCCCAUAUAUGGAUGUGAUAUGAUGACAUCACCAUGUAUCAUACUUCUUGAUCAUCUAACUUGAUAUAGUCUGAACUCAAGUCUGAGACAAAGCCUCAGCCUUAAAUAUUUACAACUCAGUAUUUGUCUCUGUACUGUACCUGUUACUGUAUAUUUUGUAUUUUAAAAAUAAUGCUACCAUAAAUAAUGCUUUUAUAGAAAAACAAUAAUGAACACAAUUUAUUUAUUAUGAGAAGAAUGUUAGAACUGUACUGUUGUAGGUUUAGACAAUUUCACUGUCACAAUUUUAGCCAACAUUUGAGAUAUAUUUGUAUGAGUGUGUUUUCUUUAUUAACUGUAUUUGCCUAUUCUUAAUUUACUCGAGUUGACAGUAGUCGACCGUUGGUAUACAGUGGCAUCUUGAAUAGGAGUGUUUAUAAUUUCUGAAUGUUAAAUUGUACUUACAUUACUCUAAAGGGCAUUAAAUUUGAAUUUAGAUUUCUGUAUUUAGAUUUUAUAAUAACAUAAGCUCUGUCUACUCUAUCAAAUUUUCUUUGACAAUGAACCAUGUAUGCCCAUAUAUAAUCAUGAUGUGUAUGUAUAUAUAUGGUCAUGAUCUGAUGUCAUCAUUACCAUAUAUAGGCCUGUCACAUGUUUUUUUUCAAAUAUAAUAUGGUAGUGUGCAUAGGGUUUUACAACAUUGGACCAUUUAUAUAUUUUAUAUCUUCACAUUCAGACUAAAUGCCCUCGAAAUGAGGUUGGUGUACUUAUAGGCAACAGCGCUCUUAAUCUAGUAUUUAUUGUUACUGUACCACUUUUGUGGCAGUGAAUGCACUGUGGUCAAAUUGUAGACCAGUGAAUGUCAAUAUUUGUUGGGGAAAUGUCUGUGUUAGUUGAGUAUCGGAGAGGAGAUCUCUUUGGAAGAUGGAGAUAAAUAUAGAAGAAACAUGGAAACAAAUUAUGUAAAAAAAAAAUAAUUUAAUAUUUCCAUUUUGUUUCAAGGGCAGGGAAUGUGAUUGUAUGGUUUGUGAUUAAAAAUAUCACCGAUGCUUGUAUGUGUUCAUAGGCAUAUUACCAGAACAGGUGUUUGUGUUCAAAAUGUUAGUUAUGAGCUCCCCUGACAAUAACAGUUUUGCUAUUGCUGUUGAACACUGAUAGUUACAUUGGUAGAAUUGCCAUUAUUCCGUCCUUCACUUAUCAAACCAGAAUAGCACUUAAACUUGAUGUUAAGGAUCGCCCAAAGAAAGGUACAAGAAGAAAGUUUGAUCAGACUUUGAGAGUGGGAACUUGUUUAAAGAUAUUAUCUAGUCAAAUCUUGCCUUUUUAUGUCUGUUAGAAAUUGGACAGUGCUCACUCUGUUUUAUUAAAAUUGUUGAAUCUGACAGAAAAAAAAAUAUGGAUGCAGGUUCAGGUUGUGGGUCAAAGGUCAUAGCUAUUUAGGUCUGGGGUUAAAUGUAUUUUGGUUCACUGCCAUUGUCAUGUGUAUGUAAAUCAAGGGUUAUGUGUAUGUAGGUCAAGGGUCAUGUUCAUUUAGGUCCAAGGUCAUGUAUGUGGGCCAAUUGUCAUGUCCAUCUAGGUCCAGGGCCAAAAGUAUGUGGGUCAAGCAGUAUGUCUAUGUGGUCAAGGGACAUGUCCAUGUGGGUAAGAUAUAUGGCCAUGUGGGUACAGGGCAUGUACAUAGGUCCAAGGUCAUUGCUGAGUGAGUCAAAGGCCAUGUGUAUGUGGGUCAAGGGUUAUGCUUAUGUACUGUAGGUCCAGGACAUGACACUAGGUACAGGUAUAAGAAAUGUUGCUUUGCACUGCAACACUUGUGAUUUGUUUUCGAAGUUUCGAAGAUUUAUUUUAUUCUAGAGAUAGUAUUAUGUUAUUAUGAUAGUAUUAUUGUGGGUCUACUGUUGCAACAAGUGACUAAUAAACUAUAUUUAUAUUAGA